GCUCUAGCCCUCCGGCCGGGAAGCAUGGGACGGUCCGGGCUCAUCUGCGCUUUCCUGCUCGCCGUCUGCUGCUGCUCUCGCCGCGCCGCGGGUGUGCCCGGAGAGGCCGAGCAGCCGGAGCCCGAGCUGGUGGAGGUGGAAGUGGGCCACACGGCCCUUCUGAAGUGUGGCCUCUCCCAUGCCCAGGGCAACCUCAGCCACGUGGACUGGUUUUCUGUCCACAAGGAGAAGCGGACGCUCAUCUUCCGUGUGCGUCAGGGUCAGGGCCAGAGCGAGCCUGGGGAGUACCAAAACCGGCUCAGCCUCCAGGACAAAGGGACUGCUCUGGCCCUGACCGGCAUCACGCCCCACGAUGACCGCAUCUUCACGUGCCAAGGCAGGCGCCGGGCUCAGGAGCACCGCAUCCGGCUCCGCGUCUACAAAGCUCCGGAGGAGCCAAGCAUCCAGGUCAAUACCUUGGGCAUUUCUGUGAACAGUGAGGAGCCUGUGGAGGUUGCCACCUGCAUCGGAAGGAAUGGGUACCCUGUUCCUCAAGUCACCUGGUACAAGAACGGCCAGUCACUGAAGGAGGAGAAGAAUCGGGUCCACAUCCAGUCAUUCCAGACAGAGGAGUCGAGUGGUCUGUUUACCUUGCGCAGCGUUCUGCAGGCACAGGUGUCCAAGGAGGACAAAGAUGCUCAGUUUUACUGUGAGCUCAGCUACCGGCUGCCCAGUGGGAACCACAUGAAAGAAUCUAAGGAGGUCACCGUCCCUGUUUUCUACCCAGCAGAGAGAGUAUGGUUGGAAGUGGAGCCUGAGGGGUUGCUGAAGGAGGGGGACCGUGUGGAAAUCAGGUGUUUGGCUGAUGGCAACCCCCAGCCCCACUUCAGCAUCAUCAAGCAGAACCUCAAUACCAGGGAGACGGAGGAAGAGAGGACGGAUGACAACGGGGUCCUGGUCUUGGAUCCCGCCCAGAAGGAGCAUAGUGGCCACUAUGAAUGUCAGGGCCUGGACUUGGAGAGCACGGCAUCGCUGCAGAGCGACCGACAGGAGCUGGUGGUGAACUAUGUGUCUGAUGUCCGGGUGAGCCCCGCAGCCCCCGAGAGCCAGGAGGGCAGCAGCCUCACCCUGAACUGUGAGGCCGAGAGCAACCAGGACCUUCAGUUCCAGUGGCUGAGAGAAAAGACAGGCAAGUUACUGGCAAAGGGGCAGAUGCUCCAGUUACACAAACUGAAACGGGAGGAAGGGGGAGGCUACCGCUGCCUGGCCUCUGUGCCCAGCGUUCCCGGCCUGAACCGCUCCCAGCUGGUCAACGUGGCCGUUUUUGGGCCCCCGUGGAUGGCAUUAAGGGAAAAGAAGAUGUGGGUGAAGGAGAACUCGGUGCUGAAUCUGUCCUGUGAAGCCUCGGGGCACCCUCGGCCCAGCAUCGUGUGGAGCGUCCACGGCACGGCAAGUGAGCAAGACCAGGAGCCUCAGAGUGUCCUGAGUGUCCUGAACGUCUUGGUAACCCCAGAGCUGUUGGAGACAGGCGCUGAGUGCGUGGCCUCCAACUCCCUGGGCAGAAACACCACCAUCAUUUUCCUGGAGCUGGACUCCAACAGAACCACCAACCUCAGCACCUCCACCAUCAGCCCCCCUGCCAGAGCCAACGGCACCUCAACAGAGAAGAAGCUGACAGAGCCCGAAAGCAAGGGUGUGGUCAUCGUGGCUGUGACCGUGUGUGUCCUGGUCCUGGCCUUGCUGGGCGCUGUCCUCUAUUUCUUCUACAAGAAGGGCAAGCUGCCAUGUGGACGGUCAGGCAAACAAGAGAUCACGCUGCCCCCGUCUCGUAAGAGCGAAUUUGUAGUUGAAGUUAAGUCAGAUAAGCUCCCAGAAGAGAUGGGCCUCCUUCAGGGCAGCAACGGUGACAAGAGGGCUCCAGGAGACCAGGGAGAGAAAUACAUCGAUCUGAGGCACUAGCCGCUGAAUCACAUGGCUCUCCCCCCACUGCCUGGAACCUCCCCUGUUCCCUGCUCACCCUCCUCCCCAGCACUCAGGAUGGUCGCCAAAGCCUCUAAAGUGGACUACUGAAGUGGAAAAGAUCCCCCUCCAGCUUACCUGAAGACCCCAUUUCAGAGGGCACGUGGGCUAGGACCCGAGAUGUCCAGAGAAAGACCUCAUAUGGCCCUGGAGGCCCCCUCCUUGGGGACCUGUCCACCAGGGUCUUAAUUUGUUGAGAACAAGGAGGAGCCUCAAUAUCCCAGAAAUGCAUAGGAGAGUUUCUUAUAGAACUUGUUUUCUCUUUACACAUUAUGGAUGUAAGUACCCGUCUUCUACCAGCAACCAAAUUAGGUAGCCUGUUUAUCUUGAGCUGACUUCCUGGCCCAGGGCUGGCUUCAUAAUCCAGUCAUAUCGCUGAAAUGUGGCUGCAGUGAGCCCAGGCCUCUCUCCGCGGGUGAGGGUCAAUGCUCACUUCAGUUCUGGGGAGACCCCUCCCCCCACAGUAAAUGGAAGCAGCUGCCUGCCUGCCUGUGGAGUCGAUUUUGCGACACUCCUUUCUUUCCCUGGGCAGAAGCCAGGACCUGGUGGUGUUCCUUACAGGAUAGUCAGUGAGGAUGCCAGGCACAGAUUUCCAGAGUGAAGGCCCUUGGGCCCGAGCACCCUCAUUCACUUGGCUCCCCAACCCGCUCUAAGAAUCACAUUAUGACUGAAGGCUGGGGGAGGGGGCUGGAGAUGAGGUCCAGAUUGUCCUUUACAAGGGUUAAGGCUAUAGUUAUAUUAGCACCAGGGUCCUAAUGGGAGAAUGGUACUUGGAGAUGAGAAACGGGCCUGGCUAGAGCUUUGGGGCGUGUAUGUGUAUCUGUGUGUGUGUGCGCACGUGCGUGUGUGUGUGUAUAUAUGGUUUUGUUAGGUUGUAAAUUUGCAAAUUGUUUCCUUUUUAUAUAUGUGUGUGUAUAUAAUAUAUAUAUAUGAAAAAUAAAGCUUAAUUGUCCCUUAA